AUGGCUGAUCCCGAACCCGGGUACUCGUCUGCCCAAGCCACGGGUAGCACGAAUGAAUCCACGCCCCUCCUCCCCUCUGACCGCCAAUUCAUCUCCGCGCUUCAUCAAUCGCAGGACUUCAUAGCCUGCCACAUUGUCAAAGUCCACGGAGAGGACAGCGCGGUGUGGAAACUCCGACAUUCGUUGCAACGCUGGUUGUCGUCCAAAUGGGGUCACUACUUCGUGAUUCUGCUGGUCUCGGCCGAUAUAUGCUGUAUCUUUGCAGAUUUCCUCAUCAGUCUGCACAUAUGUGAGCAUGCGGGCGAGAAAGGCUUCAACCUCAAGGCGUGGGAGCGGGCCAACGAGGCGCUCGAUUACGCAAGUCUGGCCUUUUCAUGUCUGUUCAUGGCUGAAUUGUUGGGCAGUGUCUUUGCAUUUGGGUUCAGGUAUUUCAACAACUCGUUCCACAUCUUCGAUGCCCUCGUCAUCAUCACCGCCUUCAUCAUCGACGUCCUUCUGCGCGGCCCCUUGGAAGAAGCCGGCUCCCUGGUCGUCAUCCUGCGGCUGUGGCGAGUCUUUAAAAUCAUCGAGGAAUUCUCCUCGGGGGCCGAAGAUCAGAUUGCAGAAUUGCAGGACAAGAUUGACGAGCUAGAGCGAGCGAGAGAGGACGUCGUGAAAGAGAACCAGCAGCUCAGGCACAGGUUGCGGAGCGGGCAUGAAGAUGCCGAUGGGCUUACACCUGAUGGUGACGGCUAG